AUGUGCACAUACUCGUUCCAACGCAUGGUAUGCUGCUGCGCCAAAGGCCCCGAAUGUCCCCAAAUGACCCGCGGCCGCGCCAUAAUCGGCGGCGAAGCCUUCCACUACAUCGACAUGUUCUACGCCGUCGACGAUCUCGGUUCAGCAUGCGACUACCAGCGUCGACUCUUUGGACGCAACGCCGGUCCCACGAUGCAUUGUCCUAGAUAUGCUUUCGAUGAUAAGAGGAUUAUCAAAGGGAGUUUCAGGAAGAGUGAACUUGCUUGUGUCAAGUGUGCUGAGACUUGUGCGCCGCCGAGUUGUACUUGGCAGGCUCCUAGGGCUGAGAAGGAGGAGGGGAAACAAUGA